GAUUCUGAUAUGCUUACAAAAAUGAAAAAUCUACGGGAUUUUCUUUUAAUUCUUCUACUUUCUAUUUAUACUCAUUUACCAAUAUAGUAACAAUGCAGCAAAAACCCCAUAGGAAAGAAGAAAAAGAGACCGCCGCCGCCAUGGAAAGAAUUAGCAAGACGAAGAAAACUCAAGGGCGCCGGAAAAUCGACAUAAUAAAGAUAGACAACGUCAACCACCGGCACGUGGCGUUCUCGAAGCGGCGCAUCGGGCUCUUCAACAAGGCCAGCGAGCUCUGCAUCCUGUGCGGCACCCACGUCGCCGCCAUCGUCGAGUCAUACGGCGGAAAGCGCGUCUUCACGUUCGGCCACCCCAGCGCCGACGCCGUCAUCGAGCAUUACCUCUCCGGCGGCGGCGGCGCGGGGCUCCACGACCGGGAGGACGAUCCGGUCGUGAAGCGGAGCGAGCAGCUCUACCAGCAGGCGUGGCGGGAGUUGGAGAAGGAGAAGGAGAAGGGGGUGGUGGUGGAGGAGCGGAAAUGGGAGGGCGGCGGCUGCGGGGCCCACUGGUGGGACAUGCCGAUUGACGGUAUGGACGUGAAGGAACUGGAGGAGUACACUGCGGCGCUGGAGGAACUGAAGAAGAAGGUGGCGCUUAGGGUUGGUGAGUUGGAGACGGCGGCGAUGAUGACCAAGAAGGCCGCCGCCGCCGCGUUCUGCUGCGGGAGUAGCUCACCGCCUCCUCUAUUGGAGUAUCAUGACUAUCAUCACGCCGGUUAAUUUUUUUGAUUAGCAUCACUCCAUCAUUUUUGCUUAAUUUUUUUGAGUUAGUCUAACACUUGUUUUCUCAAAAUUGCAUCAAAUAAUUAAUUACUUUGUCUUCCAUUGAUUUGUCUUCUUCAGACUGUGAAACCGUUUAAUCGAGUUAAAUGAGUCAUACAUAAAAUUGUGAAAUUUGCACUAAAUAGGACUAAAACAUAAGUCAUUUCCUAAUAUAGGACUUAAAUUUUU